CCUCCUCCAGGUAGGGCGGAGCUGUUUCUACCUUGACAGGAGUGUGGUUCAAAAAUGGCGUUAUAGUCGGACUUCAGAGUGCUUUCACAGUUUUUCACAGAUAUUCACAGUCAUUUCUGUGUCCAAACGUAUCGGUUUCGGUAUGAGCCAGCCGUCCCGUUCAAACCGGGGACACCGGGAGAGAAACGGAGACCACCGAGACUCUUCACACGGUGACAGACGUUCACCGGGCGACAGGUCUUCCUCUCGAGCCCCGUACCUCCCCAGAGAAGGCAACGCCCCUCCCAAACCCAGACAUGUGCGGGAAGUCCCUAGAGUGGAGCACCACGAGUCCAAAUGCUCACACAUUUGCUCCAGAAGGGGCAUCGUGCUGAUCGUCUCUGUACUGACCAACAGCCUGGUCCUGAUCUGCCUGAUUGCGUCUCAGAUGGUGACAUCAGGCAUGUCCGCCAUGGGCGGGAUGGGCGGCUUCGACAUCAACUCCAACUUUAACAUGGAGGGCACCGAGAUGCAGAAGGCGCGCGACCUGGACAUUCAGUACAGCCAGAUGAGGGCGCCGGGCAUUUACGGUGGCAUCCCCUUCACCCUGACCCUCGGGGUCUUGUCGCUGCUGUUUGCGGUCGCCGGGAACAAGCCGCCCCACCUGAUGUCCCGGAAGCUCCUGUACGGCGCGCUGGUGUUCCAGGCGGUGGGCGCCGUGGCGGUCGUGGUGGCCGUGGGGCUUUACCUGCACUUUAUCAUCAGCGUCAACUCCACCGAUGUGUGUAAGCAGCGCGAGAGGCUGUACGCCCGGAGCGGCUACACCUGGAUGAACUGUAACGUGAGCGGGGGGGACGCCGCCGUGGCCCUGUUUGCGCUCAUCACGGCCAUCCUGUACGCCGCCGGCACAGCGCUCACCUUCCAGACGAUUCGGGGAGUGAGGCGCUACCUGGAGGAGGGAAAGCGCAGAGAGGCGGAAAAACAGAAGGCCCGAGCCGACUCCAACACAUCCCCGCUGAGGGCUGAAACCAUCUUUGUGUGAGAGGCCAGAGAAGAGACAUCUCGGGGGAGGAGGGGGGGUGUCUGUGUCCCAGAUAAGAUUAGCAGGGUCCCCCCGUCUUAGUCGACUAAUCAGUCGUUUUGCCCCCUAGUCAUUUCUUUUUAAUGUUUUUUCAUGCUGAAUGACUUAUUCCCAAGAAACCUAUGAGCAAAUCUCUGGUAAACCUUUGCAUGAUUCUUUGUGGAGAAACUCAGUUUUAAAGAUCUGUCCAAUAAUUCAACUAAUCGAUUAAUCAAUAAAAUCAUAAGAGUUUUAGACGACUAGGAAUUUCUUUAGUCAAGGACAGCCCUUAAGACUAGUGGGUUAACCAGCUGUCUUUGGGCCUGAAGGAGGGUGUCUGCUCUAAUGAAGCUGGCUCCCUUUAUAUAUGGGGGGGGGUAUAUAGGGGUAGAGCCCUGUAGAAUAGAUGUUAAAGUUAUGUUCAGAGCAUCAGAUCAUUCAUCAUUGGCUUCUAUGAUUUAUUUUUUUAAUGAUAUCUAACUGAACCAGUUAGUAACCAGCUUCUUCAGCUUCAGUCAUCCGGGCAGCGUGGUGGUAGGUUUGGGUACCGUUUGGAUUUUUACGAUUCCGAUGCCGAACCGGUACUGUUAAAACAAUUCCAAUUCCUAAACCGAUUCUUGAAAAACUGAAAAAUGACGUCAAAGAAAGGCUCUUUUUAUAGAAUUUUUAUUUAUUUUUUAAUUGAAAAUGAUUUAAAUUUAACAAUAUAUUAAAGUUUUAAAGUACUUAAAUAUAUAAUAAGAAAGAGUGUGAUAUUUUUUACAUCCGUUUUGGAGCGACAGAGAAAAUAUUUCAGUCGACACAUUAAGUGAAACCGAAAUGAGGAACCUAAAUUUGCGUUCUAAUCCGGUCCGAUUCCUACCGGUUCCAUAGUGGAACCAGGUUUCGGCACCCAACCCUAUGUGGUUGUACUCAAGACGGGUCUUGGUCUCGAGAACGCUAUUUAAAGGUUUUGUCUCCGAACCGACCGCAUUUUUCCUCGGUUUUGGCUCAGAAAAAAAAAAAAAAAGGACUCUGGAUUUGAUUUCAAAACCAGUCAAGACCACAAACUGCCUUUUUGAUUAUUUUAUCAAGGCAUUUCUCGUGAUCCACUUAUCGCAGUUAAAGAGGUGGAUGAAGAAGAAUCUUAAUUUGUUUUCAGUGGGUGUGUUAUUUUUUUUAAUGGGAAUGUGGAUAUUUCCGAGCAAUUUGAAGAGUGACUAUAGUUAGCAUUUUGCACAUUUUAUCAUGGCAUUGGUCUGGAACUGGUCUGGUCUCGGUUUAGGUGGUCUCGACUACAACACUGCACCCAGGAGGAUCAUUUCUGUUCAGAGGAGUGUGAAGUGAAGCCAGGGAGCUCAAGUUUAACUUUGGGAUAGAGGUCCAACCUGGGAGGAAGUACACUUUCAUAUGAACUGUUUUUUAUGAUGGAUUAGACUGUGUGAACUCAGGCAGGGAUUUAGAUAAAUGUUUUUUUUAACAUGUAUACUAGUAUGAUUAUUGUGUUUUUAUAUCAAAGUGGGGCUUCAUAAUGCAAUGUUUUUGAUACUGAAACUGUACAAGAAUGUAUCUACUCAAAUUAAAACUCCAUCAACGUGAUUCUA